AAAAAUCAGCUUUAAAAGCCAUUUACUAAACACUUUUUUUGUUGUUUGACCAACCAACAAGCUAAAAUUCAAAAGUCAACAAAAAAACUAAGCUAAAAGUUAAGAACCAAACACUUCUAUAACUUCGGAGAAGGGGAGGUGGAGGGAGCAAUCUCAAAGGAGAAUGAAGUAAUUUUGUUGGAAUGCUUGAAUCAUGUUUUAAUGAGUCAAGUGGGGGAUGCUAGGGCGACAUUAUUUUCCUACAUCUAGUCGUAGUGCUCUAUUAAGAGAUAGAACCAGUACAAAAAGAGAGUGCCGCGCGGAACACAGAAAAGCUGUUUUUAAGUUUCCUCACGAAAACACAGGAGAGAGAACCACUCGCAAUUCGCAACAUAUCGGAAUACUCCAUUGGAUUUCUGUUUUACCCAGAAGUCGCCGAGCAGAGCUAAUUUUUCACUUUCUUGUCCGCCAUUUUUGUAUCUCAUCUCUCCUCACUCCUCAAUUCUCAUUCUCAUGGCUGCUCUGCUACUUCUGCUGUAGAACAUCAUUUUCGAGCUUGUUUUAUGCUUAACGUUUGCUAAUGGCUGCUCCCUCUUUUUUAUUCUUUGAUUGAAUUGACUCCACCAAUUUGAAAGAAAUGCUAUGUUGCAAAUCCGUCAGGAUAUGGAAUAUCGAUAAUAAAAAAACAAAAGGGGUUGGGGUUAGAACCCAAAAGAAGAAAGUUUAUAUUGGCUUAGUGGCUGCUGUUCUUUUGAUGCUUCUUUUGGUAAAUUUAUUUUUGCAGAUGUCAACUGUAGUUGGAGAGAUCUAGAGAUUAUUGCCUACAAACUAUGAAACUUCUAAAAAAGAAAGGAUGGACGUCUAUAAUGCCUCUGCGUUUACGGGGAAAAUCAGCAACAAGAUUUUGUUUGUUUCCUAAGGCAAAGUCAACUAGCUCUGAUCCGGGAAGUACUCCUGUUUACCUCAAUGUUUAUGAUCUUACUCCAAUGAAUGGAUAUCUCUAUUGGGCUGGCCUUGGCAUCUUUCACUCUGGUGUGGAAGUUCAUGGUGUGGAAUAUGCGUUUGGCGCGCAUGAUUUCCCAACUAGUGGUGUUUUCGAGGUUGAUCCACAGAAGUGCCCAGGUUUUAAAUUUAGAAAAUCGAUUUUUAUCGGAACAACAUCCUUAGAUGCAAAGGAAGUCAGAGAGUUCAUGGAGAGGCAGGCUACAAGUUACAAUGGAGAUACAUACCACUUGAUCGUGAAAAAUUGCAACCAUUUCUGCAAGGAUGUAUGCUAUAAGCUGACUGGAAAGAAAAUCCCUAAAUGGGUUAAUCGACUAGCCAAGAUAGGUUCUGCAUGCAACUGUGUUCUUCCUGAAACACUUAAGAUAAAUACUGUCCAAGAAAAUGCAAGUUUGGUAACAUAUGAUAAUGAUAAGAAAAGACUGAAGAACGCCUUUUCUUGUCUAUCAUCAAUCUCUAUGCGUCAAAGGCAAUUCUCAGCUUCUUCGUUAUUUAUACGCUCUCCGUUAAAAAGCUGUUUGCCUUCAUGUGAACUGAAGAGUUCCAAGAAGCGUUCGUUAACCGAUAGGUAAACAAAUUUCAAAAGAAAAAAUCUGUUUGGUGUACUAGUAAGAUUCUAGGAGCAAGGAUGAGGGGAAAUGUAAUGUAUGUUGUUUAUGUAAUUAAGCCAUUUUUAUGUUUUACUAAUCAUGUUGUAGUAAUCUUCAUUUUUUUGUAUUCCACUACUGUUAAGUCUGUAAUCUUAUCUCUCUGUAACAUUACCUCCUGAUGGAGCAUUUUGUAUUACCAAAUUUGCAGCAAACUGCAAAAUCAUUGUGAAUUUCUGGUUUAA